AUUUUUUACAGAUGGUGAAAUCAGUUUGUAACGAUUCAAUAUCGACGUCCAAAUUCAGACCUGCAUAUUUCAAAUAAUAAAAUUAUUGUUAAAUGGCCAGAAAUUGGGGGACAAAUAACGUUUAAACGAAAACUCUGAUGCCCUACGAUAGAAUAGAACAGCCUCUGACUGGCAAAAACCAACUUCUUGGACAUCCUAAGGGUUUACUAACUACCUUACGGAUCUUACGUGGAAAUUACCUGACUAGAUAUUUUAUCCUUGAAAUAAAUAUGAAUGACGAAGUGUUCGUUACCCGCUCUCGUGGAGCAGCUGCCGAGGGUGUGAAGGACCAAUAUGCAGAUGGAAAAGCCGCGAGGGUCUGGAGUAUGUACAUCGGUGACAAGAAAAAACGAACACAGAAUUACAAAGAUUUUCUCGUUGGAAUUUUAAGAGGGAAGGGAUGCAAGAGGAUACUUGAUGUUGCCUGUGGUACUGGGGUUGACUCUGUGAUGCUUUUGGAAGAGGGAUUCGAGGUUGUCAGUGUCGAUGCCUCUGACAAGAUGUUGAAAUAUGCGUUAAAAUCGAGAUGGGAACGGAGAAAAGAACACGCCUUUGACAAUUGGGUUAUUGAAGAGGCGAAUUGGUUAACGUUGACUGAUGACAUUGCUGAUAUAAUUGGGGAUGGAUUUGAUGCCGUCAUAUGCUUGGGUAACAGCUUCGCCCACAUGCCUGAUAAUUUUGGAGAUCAGCGGGAACAGAAACAGGCCCUGAGGAAUUUUGAGCAAUGCGUGAGGCCCGGUGGACUGUUACUCAUUGAUCAUCGGAAUUAUGAUCACAUUAUUAGCAGUGGAGAGACUCAGAUUAAGUGCAUCUACUACAGCAAUGAACACAUAACAGACAUAAAAACCUCGGUUCUGUUGGUCGCUGGAAAACCCCAGAUGGUUAUCAUGGAUUAUAUGGUAACAUUAGACAAUGGCAAAGACAAUACCAGCGAUUUUCGUCUGUCCUACUACCCUCAUCUCCUCGAAGUUUUUCACAACAUGCUGGCAGAAACAUUUGGACCGAAUGCUAAACACAAUAUUUAUGCUGACUUUUUACCUCUCGAGGUAAACACCACUCCAGGGUUUUAUAUUCACAUGUUAGAAAAAAGUAUGUGAGCUCUAAUUUUCAAAUAUCGAUAAAUCAUCGAUAGACAUGCGAAGGGAUUUUCCAACAUAAGACUGAUAAAAUGUCAAGUGUUCACAACUUUGAUAAUGAAUAAAAACCGUGAAAGUGAAGAACAUGAAUUUAUUGAAAAUAAAAAUAAAAAAACAACUGGUGAUAAUGAUCAUAAUCUGUUGCUUGCUCCAAUGAACUUGUCUUCUGUCUCUAUCUCAUUGAGAAUGAGAAGCCUUGAAGGAAGAGUUCUGUGUACAUUGUCUAGGGGAUAAUUCAGUGGGAAGAAAGUCAUGUGAUCGGUCAUUUUCAUUUCGAUUUCAUGUUUUAUUAGAUAUGUACGGUAAACGUACAUAAACUUGAUUUUUAGAGUAUUUUGUAUAAAUAGUAAAUAUACACGUUGGAAAGCCAA